UUUAUCAAUUAGUUUUUUGUAGACAUGUGGUAUUGAAAUGUCUCACGAAUCUUUUCGUAAUCUAAUCAUUUCAUUCAAAGCUUCACUGUUGCAUGGGGUUUUUCCUAUUCACUUAGAGCGAUCAAGUUCUUCAAUCCGAAUACCGUCUAAAGAACUUACACGACUAAGUGCAACAUAAGCUUGUCCUGCAUCAAACAGUCGCGAGCCUAGAUAAAUGGCUGCAUCAUCGACUGUACAACCUUGCAUCUUGUGGACGGUCGAAGCUCAACUCAGGAUUACUGGCAACAUUCGCAAUGAACAAGAUUUAUCCUCGAAGAGCAGAGAAAUAGCGCCUUUGCAGGAUGGCGAAUCCGGAACAGAUAAAGCGGCUCAAUUUGGACAAAGCGGCGAAUUUCAUGCGGCAGUAUAGGGACCCGCAGUCGAGGGAGCUGCGAAAGCUGUCUGCCAAUCAAUUCAUGGAGGUGUGGAGCCACUAUGACAAGGAUGGCAAUGGCUACAUCGAAGGCACAGAAUUGGAUGGUUUCCUGAAAGAAUUCGUCUCCAGUGCCAACGUUACAGAUGUAGGACCUGAGGCUGUGUCUGAUGAUAUGUUGAUAGAACUAAAAGCUUGCUUCAUGGAAGCUUACGAUGACAAUCAGGAUGGAAAAAUAGAUAUAAGAGAGUUGGCUCAAUUACUUCCAAUGGAGGAAAACUUUUUGCUACUGUUUCGAUUCGACAAUCCACUAGAUUCGAGCGUCGAAUUUAUGAAAAUAUGGAGAGAAUAUGAUACUGAUGGCAGUGGCUAUAUUGAGGCAGAUGAAUUGAAGAAUUUUCUUAGAGACCUACUGAAGGAAGCAAAGAAGAUAAAUGAUGUAUCCGAGGACAAACUCAUCGAAUAUACAGACACAAUGCUCCAGGUCUUUGACUCAAAUAAAGACGGACGUCUUCAGCUUUCAGAGAUGGCCAAACUGCUUCCAGUGAAAGAGAACUUCCUGUGCCGGCAAGUCUUCAAGGGGGCUACAAAGCUUACAAAGGAUGAUAUAGAAAGGGUUUUUGCAUUAUACGACAGGGAUAAUAAUGGUACAAUCGAAAAUGAAGAACUAAGAGGAUUUCUUAAAGAUCUUCUGGAACUUGUUAAGAAGGACUACGAUGCUCAAGAUCUCCUGGACUUCGAAGAAACCAUACUGCGAGGUGUGGCAUACAAUCACGACGGCAAGAUCAACAAGAAAGAACUCACCAUGAUCCUACUGGCAAUCGCAAAGCACAAUCAGGAAGAGGAUCCCUCUACCACUGCUUCGUAAAUAUAUCAACGUUUAUCUACUGUAGUACUUCUCUUUGUCCAUGAUACAGUUUAAUUAAGGGCUAUUUAAGUAUCGUUGUAAAUGAUAAUGUACUGAUUUGUUACAUAUUUGACGUAUAUUUUAUAAGAACAAAGAGUUAAAUGAUUCAAAUUCGAAAUUUUUUUACUCCUUAGCAUUCGUGCUAUUGGAUAGACAGAAAAACCGUAAUUCAUUAUAAAAAACGGCACAUGGUAGAAUUGAAUAUUUCAGUCCCCCAGAAAAAAAAAACUGCAAAAAGUAAAAUCGUAAAUACAACUGGUUUCAGGCAUUCAAACCGAAUGCAGAUUUUUUAAUGUACAAAUGCGAAAAAUGCGCGUUCAAAAAAUUGCAUUCAGUUAUUUAGUACCUAUAUUCGAUGAUUUUGUUUAUUAAAAUACACUUUUCUUGAAUUUUCAGUAGAAAAGGAAUAGUUCAGUUUAUUCUAAAUCUAUUCAUUCGCAAAGUUGAAAAUAUUUUGUAUCUAUCUGAUCCGUGCGCCCAGAAAAGGAGAUAAAAAAAUUAGAGCUAUAUCAGGUGAUUUAAACUGUUCUUAUAUUUUAAUGUUGCAAAACUAUAAUUGUAAAUUUGGUUUCUCAUUUUUCCAAGAUCACAACUAUUUCAGCAACAUCUUAUUUUUAAGGGGACGUGAACUAUUUGCCAGCUUCCCAAGUUGUUUCGAAUUUGGAAAAUUCCUUUUUGAUAUGAAGGACGUUCUUUUUUGUGCCGUACCGAAUAACUGUUAAGUUAGAUCUUAAAGAAUACACAACAUCAACGAAAUAAUUGCCUACAAUGGUAAACCCAUGAUAUUGAUAAAAAUGAUGACGAACAAGUCCGUACAUACAAAAAACUUAAUUCUGGUCACUUUCAUUAACCCAGUGUUCAUUUAUCUUCCCUAAUAUUAGUAAUAUUUCAGUUAUCUUUACAAGCUUUCGCGGACUUCAACCUUAAUAACAUUAUAAAUAGUCCGACCGAAGAUCUAUUUUUUGGCCAUAGCCGUACAGUUAACAUGUGGGAUGCAUUAUAAAAAUACAGUGGUAGAAUAACGAACUUUUGAAAAUUUAAAUAAUACACUUUGUGAUCCAGGAGGAGGGAAAAGAUACCGUCAGUUUGAAGUAGAGGAACCUUUUACAUUAACAUAUGUCUUGACAAUUUUAUAAUUCAAAUAUACGAAUAAUUCCUGAAAUUGUCAUUCCUUUCUGACAGCAUUUACAGUUGUGGUAGGGAAGACAUUGCAAUACUUUGUUGAAGAAGACAUAUACAAUAAAAAACUGCAUUUGCAAUAAGUAUACAAAAAAAAAAUUAUGAUAAAUGCGAUUCCGCACAAUAAAGUCAAUUUUUAAAACACAGGCCAUUUGAAUUAUUUUAUUUUUUGACGAUGGAAUAAACUGAAUGGAUAAAGUUGAUUCCAACGAUAAUUAUGACGUGAGUUUUUCGCGAACACCAAUAAUCGAAUAUGUUUUCCAAUGCCGGAACAUGGCAUACCAACACCACACAGUAAACUGGCUAUUUUAUCUUCAUGUGUCCUUGGCGUCGACUAUCACUAUCUCGCUCGUAUACAUUUAAUACGGAACCUCAACGAUUCUCUGCCAAUCCUAUAUACUCGUAUAUGUUGACGUUCGUUAUCUCUUUUUUAUUAAUUAUCAAUCACUGUGAAAUGCGUUGGCCAAGAUUAUUAGCAUUUUUUGCUCCUUCAAUAAGUGAUACGUUCGCAAAAGUUCUCAUGAAUGCAGAUUUUUCGAAACCUUCCGUCUUCGGCCCUCUUUGGCUUAAAUCCGAAUUUUGAUCGAAUGGAUAUUGUUUUGGCCAAAUGUGGCUGAAGCCGAAGCUUCGGUCGGACCCUCAUUAGAGUUUAGAAACGGGUUAUACGGGCGCUAAGAGUGACGAUAAAUGUGCGAAAGAAGCGCGUAUACAGGGUGACUUCGAAGUUGAGUCAUUUAUUUUAACAGUGAGUAGAUCUGAUCAAAAGAAAUGUAUUUUCCUUUAACAUUUUUCUGGUAAAAUUAAAGAAACAAAGUUAUAGCCCUUUAGAAGUUUGAGUACCACCCUCUCUCAAUAAUAAUAUUAUGUGCUCGUGUUUGGCAACAACGGAUGUAAUCCGCCUUAUCGGUUCAUCGCAUCGGAAACAAAAAAGCGAGAGAAUUUGAAACGCUUAUCACGAUGUUUUUACUACAAUUUUAUUCAGUUGUAUUCAGUCAAUGUGUCAGUCGGUAACGCGUGAGUGAAUAGUGGUGUUUGUUGCGUGGCUCAAACGGAAUAAAAAAUGGCACUAGUUUACGAAAAUUCUGAACUUGUGGACAUGAUUCUUAUUUACGGGGGGGAGUCUUUACAAAAUGCUGCCGCGGCAUCACGGAUUUAUGCGGAUCGGUUUCCCAAUCGAGUGCAACCAACCCCUCGUGCCUUUGUUAAUGUAGUACAAAGGGCUCGUGAAUCAGGUGACUUAAGACCUCACAGGGGAGGGCAUGCCGGUGCUGCAAGACCGCACGAUCAAAUACAGGUCUGCACUGAAAUACUUGUCGGGAGGAUACUUUAUAAAACAAGGUAACAUUUUUUUUUAUUUUUACACACAUAUUUUGGUUUAUCUUCCUUCUACAAUCAUUAUAUGAAAAUUAAUGACUCAACUUCAAAGUAUAUUGUAUGUUUACGUAGUUGCGAUGGAACGACGCGACGUUUGGAUAACAAAUACGAUGACGCUAUGGAUAGACAUAUCUACACAUUAUGUCCUCCAGAGCCGUAUUAAGCUCCCAAUAAUCAUUCGACCGUGUCAAAUUUGACUCGAUCAUAAGCAAAAAAAAAUAUCCUCAUAUGGACUGAAUGGAGCAGUGUAUAAUGUUACAAAGGCUAAAUAUUCAGUUACUCCAAAAAUGUUAGUGUUCAUGUAACAUGUCACUUUUAUUUACAUGUUGAUGUAUUUUUGACAGUUUCUAAGAUAUAUUAUUCGGACUAAUGGUUAAGCGAUAUUAUAAAAGACGACUUAGCAGAAGAUGUAGGCAAAGCGAAAAAUAUAGCUGGUCAAAGUAAAUGGAUACUUAUGACAUUUCAUUGAAUUCUAUAUUCUAAUCAGCUAGGCGAUGAUUUACUAGCGCUUUUAUUGGAUACGUGGUUAUCGGAUAAUUAACUUGAAAAUUUGCAUCGCGACAAAUAGCUUCGAUGAUAUGAUUUCAACUUUCGCUGAUUGAGAACAUCUCACAUUUUUUAAAAAAAUGUAUAUUUACGGAACUCUAGCGGAUUUUGAUUAAUUGAGGAAUUCACAAAGAGUACAAAUAUUUUAGGCUGGGCGUAUUUAAUAAUUUUUAAACUGAAGCCCUUAUCAGAUAAUGUGUAAUAUUUAUUUACGUUGACCAGUAGCCUUAUGAAAACCGAUUAUCGUUGCCAAUUUAUAAAAUCAAGUAGUUGAUAAAUAUAUGUGUUAGUAAUUUUAACAAUACCUCAUUGAUGAAAUGUAUCUACUAUAGUCGUUCGACGUGUUCCUAGACAAGAUUUUCGAUACUCUAUAUCACUUGCCUCUUGUAUCGUCCAUAAAGUUUAAAUUUUUACAAUACCAUAUCAAUUUUUCUGAAAGAUGCUUGUUAUUUUUCUAUGAAAUGCUAUUUACUUUGUAAACCCAUACUGUUCCUCAUCUAUUUCUUUUCUGUUUGAUAUUAAAGCUAAUCUUGUACUUUAGAAUCCUAUACUGUGCAGAAUUAGCUCCACAUUAGAAAUGUCCACCUAGUCAUAAUUGCAUUUUUAUUAAGUAAAAUAGGUUUUUGGACAUAUUCACGGAUGAUGCAAUUCAUUCGUGUUUUUCGCCUACGUUUUAAAAAAAUUACUAUGAAAUUCAGACAUUAAAAGCCUCAUUUCCUAUAUUUAUUGAUUUCUAAGCUGUCAACAUCGGAGAAUAAAUCGUCUUUUUCCUCACAUCUCGUGGAAGCCCUUCUAUGGCAAAAGUAUGAUCAUAUUCUAUGAACAGCGUGUAGAAAUAUGUUACGCUAGAACCACCAAGUCACAACUUUGACGCUUGAACAUUGAAAGGCUUCUCGUUUAUAAUUAUAAAAAGGCGAAUAUGAUAAUAUACUUCUUACUUGAAUAGAACACGAAAACGAGAAGCAUUUGAGGUAAGAAAUAGAUUGUGAACAGUAUUCUAUAAUAUUGCACUGUAACACUGACUACAAUAAAUAUAUCAGAUGAGUUAUCAAAUAGAUGAAUAUUAUGAAAAAACGAGCUUAAAGUGUACUAAUAUAUAUUUUUCAAAUAUACUUAUUAUAAUUUAGACUGAACAAAGUGAUAUUUAUAUUUUUUAUUUAAGAUUUAAAGGUAGAUAAGUUUAACUUAUUUUUUCAGGAAGCUUUUAGAUUAAGAUAUUUUCUUCGUUCAGACGAUACAACUAUAUUACUAGCACUGUGCACUUAGUUGUAGCUAGCCUUGUAGAACGAUGGUAGUUAAAACUUCUUGUGUCAAAAUACUAUAUUCUACUAUUCAUGUCAAAAAAUAAGGUGGCUUAUUUUAUGUUUCGUUGCACAUUGCCAGUGAUGCCCCUUUAUACAAGAACAUGUAUACAAUCCUUUUCAAAAGGGGCUCGCAACUUACUUUUUGGAUUGGAUUGGGGACGAUGGCAAGUUAAAAUUCGGGGUGAUGGUAUUAAUAGAUGCUUGAUACACAGCGUUGGUCAAAAGUAUCGCAGUUCGCUGAGACUGGUACUCGCGCAAAUAAACCCAGAAUAGCAAGACACCCAUCACCAUAAGCCGCCACUUCUUCGUGAGUUUGUGAAAGGAAAAAAUAUCAUUCUGAGCUUGCUCUGGCUUCAAGUGAAGGGACUGUAAAGCUAAUAAGUGCUCGAACUGCAAGAAGGAGGCUAGUAGAAGGCUUAAGAGGUUUCUAAGCCGAGAAGCCCUGUUAAGCGGUUUGUCAUGUUUGCCAUUUUUUAGUAUUUCGUGGAUGGUGUCCGCAAAAUAUCCAUCUGUGGAGGUCGUGUGAACAGUAAAAAGUACAUCAAUGUACUAGAAACUGAUCUCAUACCUUUACUAUCGGGUAUUUUUGGCGACACUAAUUUAAAUGCAGUCAAAUUCCAACAUGACAAUGCUUAUCAUAAAUCAGCAAUUAUAUACGAUGAGCUGGAUAAUCAACAACAAUAUUCCCCUACUGGAUUUGCCUGCCUAGUCUACGGAUCCUCAAUCCAAUUGAACAUUUAUGAAGUAUUUUGGAGCAAAAAAUAAAGGAGCACAGUAUCCUCAAAAACAGCAUUGCGUUGAUGCAAGAAUGGGAUGCAAUUCGUCCAGAGUAAUGUACGUAGUUUGCCCACAGAAAUGUACGUAGUUUGCCCACAGAUUUCCUGCUGCGAUAAAAUCGAAUGAUGGUCCAAUUAAAAGUAGUUUUAUUUCUACAGCGGAAAAAUGCAGUAAGUUUAGGGUGCUUAAUACUUUUCAGCAAGGCUGUAUUUUAGUGUAAAGCGACGGUCAGCCGCCAGCUUGAAAUUGUCAGCUGUGCCGUUAACGUUAGUAUUCUUCAAGCAUGCAUUUUUUCGUCCUAACUUUCAGCUUACUAUCUUGACCCGUUCACUCAAUAAAGUUGAAGUUCACUGUGUUAGACUUUAAAAAGCAUUUAAUCACCAUAUCACCAUAUUAAAAAUCAUUGACCGCUGGAUCCAAAAAGAACAUGUCUACAGCAAUAAGGCAUUCUGUAAUCACUAUUUAGCAAAAAUAAACUUUUUAAGAUAUAAGAUUAAGUCGUAAAAAAGUAUCCUUGCCUUAGCCUUGCUAUUAUUCUUUGUGCUGUAUAAUAAAAACUAGUGUUGAAACUUUUAAGUCCGUACUCACUUCACAUCCUCAUUAUCAAAUCACAAUAUUUAUAAAAAUAACGCCACCUUAUUUUACAAACAGCUCACUUAACUGCAUUGCAAACAAUACGCAUUUCAAUGUUGCAAACUGUUGUAUUUGUAAUAAAAAUAUUUGGAUUCAUAAGACCCAUUAUAUUACUUUUUAUCACUUUUUUAUGAUACGAUUUUUUAAACGCAUUGUAUUUAGUUACAUUGUAUAAAGAUGAAAAGUGAACAGAAAAGAGAUACUAAAAAAGAAUUAGCAAUGUAGGUUCGAACACGAUGAUGUUCUAAGACUAAAGACAUAUGAAAAUGGCACUAUAGAAGUAGCGAAAUUGUUGCAGCACAAUCGACACUUACUAUUCUAUUUGAACAUACGUUUUCCUCUCGAUAUUUUUUAUUCUCAUAUUUCUAUAAAAUGAAAUUUCAACAGAUACUUUGGUUGUGAUUUGAAGCAUGUCUAUUAAAAAACUGUAGAGAAAAUAGUAUAUGUUUUGAUUAUUGAAAGGUUAUUUUAGACACGGAGUAGUCUGUGAUGGAAAUGAAACCAAGAGUUCUACAUUUACAGAACUGGUUCUCUUGGGCAUUUAUUGUAUUUUAUGAAUAAAAUGUGUGAGUA